AAUAUUAUCGUGACUUUUAUUUGUAAACGAUAAACUUUAAUUAUGACAGUUUACAAUGAAUAAAUUAAAAAAGAAAUGACAACAGGACGGUGUUCUCAAAAAUUACAUGACAUUUCAUUGUAGCACGUGUUUCUAAAAAUACAAUUUCACUUUCACUUUGUGAUAUUAGUUCCAUAUGGUGAAUGUAACAGGUAUUAUUGAGCGUGAAAUAAAAUUCUACAUUUCAUUAACAAACAGAUAAUAAACAAUGGAAUCUUCACAAUUAAAUAACAUUGCUACUACAAAAUAUACAAAGCAACACAGCAAUUUUAUACAAUAUGGAACUGCCGGUUUUAGAACAAAGGCAAAUCUUCUGGAACAUGUUAUGUAUAGAAUGGGACUUCUGGCAGUGCUGAGGUCUAAAGUUAAAAAAGCUGCAAUUGGUCUAAUGAUUACUGCAAGUCACAACAUUGAAUCCGAUAAUGGUGUAAAGCUUAUAGAUCCAGCUGGUGAAAUGUUAGAAGCAUCUUGGGAACAAAUAGCUACCACUUUGGCUAAUGUUGAUGAUUCAGAACUAUCUUCCACAGUACAGAAAAUUUUACAAGAACAGAAUAUUGAUAUGUCUAUAAAUGCAACUGUAAUAACUGGUAGAGAUACUAGGGAAAGUGGUUCUUCAUUAUUACAGGCUGCUAUUGCAGGCAUUGAAGCCUUGAAUGGAACUGUAAAUAAUUUUGGAAUAGUAACAACUCCUCAGUUGCAUUAUCUUGUUGUAUGUAUAAAUACUAAUGGUAGCUAUGGUGAUCCUACAAUAAGUGGUUACUAUGUAAAAUUGACAGAAGCCUUUAAACGCAUAAGACAAAGUGAGAUUAACAAUCAGCAGUAUGUUGCUGAAUUGUCAUUAGAUGCUGCCAAUGGUGUUGGUGCUAUUGCUGCAAAAGAAUUCCAAAGUAAUCUGGGAAUGGCACUUAAAAUUAAUAUACACAAUGAUGGAAAUGGAGAAUUAAAUCACAUGUGUGGUGCUGAUUAUGUUAAAGUACAACAAGCACCACCAGCCAAUUUUCCUGUGAAAACAAAUGAUAGGUGUGUAUCUGUAGAUGGUGAUGCAGAUAGAAUAAUUUAUUUCUAUUUGGAUGAAAACAAUAAAUUUCAUAUGAUGGAUGGGGAUAGAAUAGCAACACUUAUUGCACAAUAUUUUAAAGAACUUUUGCAAGAAAGUAACUUGUCAUUUCAACUUGGCUUAAUACAAACAGCAUAUGCCAAUGGUGGUUCCACCAAUUAUAUUUCCAAUGUACUGCAAAUACCCGUUGAGUGUGUAUCAACUGGCAUCAAACAUCUACACAAGAAAGCAUUAGAAUUUGAUAUAGGAGUAUAUUUUGAAGCUAAUGGUCAUGGAACAGUGCUUUUUAAAGAUACUGUGAUUCAGGCAAUUAAAAAUGCUACUACAAAUCCACAACUGUCUGCGACUGAAAAAUCAGCUGCUUCUAAGCUAAUGAAUAUAAUUGAUGUAAUAAAUCAAACAGUGGGCGACGCCUUUAGCGACAUGUUACUAGUAGAAACAAUUUUACAUGCAAAAGGAUGGAGUAUUAUAGAUUGGGAAGGAAGUUACAAAGACUUGCCGAAUAGACAAUUAAAGGUAAAAAUUGCUGAUAAGAAUACUAUAACAACAGCUGACGCAGGAAGACGAUGUGUAACACCUGCGGGAUUGCAAGAGAAAAUUGAUAAGGUUGUAUCGCGAUACAGUAAAGGUCGAUCUUUUGUUAGACCGUCGGGAACCGAAGAUGUAGUAAGAGUAUACGCAGAAUGUGAAGAUGAAAAUGAACUUAAGCAAUUAACUAUAGAUGUCGCAUUAUUAGUUUAUAAACUUGCAGGAGGUGUUGGUCCUGAGCCUAAAUUAGCAUAAAUAGCAAACAUUUCUACAUUGAACAUAAACUAAAUUGGAAUGAAAAUACAAAAGUUAUGAAUAAUGAAAUGUAUUGCAUUACGUAAAGCUUACUGCACACAUUGUCAUUGGUAUCAAAUUUAAUCUUUUAUAGACUGGUAAAAAAAGAUCACAGAUUUCUAUAAAACAUUUACAAAGCAGUAUUUAUUGUAACAGCAUUAUGUUUUUAUGCAAUUUAUUUUGAAGCUUUAUUGUAAUAUAAUAAUGUUUUUAACAUAUUUUAGUA